AGUAUCAAUUUCAAUUCACGAUAAAGUCAAAGUUUCAUCGCUUGAAUAUCUUUAAUGACUUCACAAGUUUAUUUUCAGUUUGAUUGUAACGUGGAGCUAGAUUUUCAUUUAAUAAAUAAUGGCAGUAAAAGCUUUCCCCGAAAUGGCGUCUGCUGUUCAAUAUUAAAUUAGUUCCACUUCACUUUGUUAGUCGAAAGCCUUUGUAGGUAGGUAUAGUAUACAUAUAGGUAGUUGAGGACUUUAUCGAUUUCGGCUGCAGGACUAAGACUAGACUUAGCUGCUAAUGCAACACAUGCAUACCUAAUAUGCUUGUGACUUUAAUCCCCGAAAGGGGUAGUCAGAGUUAUGUGAUUGUAUAUUUUUUAAUAACAUUGUGAUGCAAUAUAACUUAAAUAUUCCUACAUACAUGGGAAGAUUCAUGUUAUGUAUAUACAUUGGUAGUUAAGAAUUUUAAGUAGGUACUUAGGAUAAAGAAAUAGCAUCAUGGAAUCAUUUAAGAAAUCCUUGGGAGUGGCUUAAAUAAUGUCCUAUUGUAUUCUAUUCUGGUCGGGGGUGAAGUUCCUGUACGUGGCUCUCUCGAAUGGAACCUUUGUACAUACCCCUUGAUUUCAGCUCAGCCAGCCUAGCUCCCGAGUAAAUAAUGUCCAGCAGUGGACCAUCGUUGACUGGUUAUUGUCUCUGAAGAGAGGUCUUGUUGCGUAGAGUAUUUUCCUUCGUCAUGAUAAUAAUGUGGCAUCGCUUGCGAUACUUGUUGACUGCAACUUGCAUAGACCAUGUUUUCAGAGCGAUAGAACACUUUGUUUUCAAAACAAUCGUUUGUUGAAAUCUUUUUUUACAUCGGCGUCUAUGUCUCUAAAUAGACCCUAACUUAUUGUAUGCUAUCAAAUAAUAACUAACCACUUAGUUAGGCGAUAAAAAUAUUGUACAAAUGCCAUUUGGAAACCUGAAAAUCUGGUUCUCUUCUUUACCACCGUACCCUACCGUACCUCCACCGUCUUUUAAACCGUAAAUUAACCAUUAGGUGUAGUCCAUCAAACGCAUACGAGUAAAGAUUAGGUACAACUUCAUGUAUCUCUGUAGUUCUGUAGGCAUAAGUGAAUAACGUUCCAUGAAAAUUUCAAUAACUUUCAGUUCUUUCAUUUAUUUCAUCCAUUGACCGUAGACCUUCGGGAGUGUGGCACCAUGUGGAGCUGUGAACUGAAAUCCAGUUUCAGUAAUUUGACUGAUAGUUAGAGACGGACCAGCAAUAAAAUAAGUGUAUUGAAGUUGAUAAGUAAUUAAAUUAAUUAAGACAAAGAAGAUAAGAGAAGCCGCCGCCAUGCUGUACGCUGUUAGACAGGGUCCGGAGCCGGCACUGAACCCGGGCGCGGGCGGCGCCGCCAAGCCGCCGCUACUCAACACCUUCGAGCUGGAGCGCUGUCUGGACCGAGAGGAGUCCGGCAGGUGGGGCGGCGAGGCGGCGCGGCGCCGGCGCCGCUCCCCGCCGCGCCGCGCGUCCCCCGCCGCCGACCACGAGCCGAGAGCGCUCGCACGGCAGGCGUCAGCGCCCGCCUCGCCAGCGGCGUCUGCGCGGUCGAGCCCGGCGUCGCCCGCGCGCUCGCCGCCGCCGCCGCCGCUGCCCGCGCCCGACCUGCUGGCGCUGCAGCUGCUGGACCAGCACUCGCAGCUGCAGGCGCUCAUGAAGCAGCGCCUGUUUCACCAGCAUCAGAUGCAGAAGCAGCACCUGUCGUCGGAGGCGGCCAAGAGACAGCUGGAGCAGUCCCGGCUGCAGGACUCGCUGAGCCUCAACCUGAUGCAGCCGCAUCUGCCGCCGCCGGACGCCUCGCCCGGCUCGCUGCAGCAGCAGCUGGGCGCGCAGCAGCAGCAGCUCGUGCAGCAGCUGCAGGCCGUGCAGCGCCAGUACCUGCUGCACGCGCCGCUCGCGCCACCGCACAACGCGCCGCCAGGUCUGAUGCUGUGGGGCAGCGAGCUGGAGGAGCACCCGCUGUACGGGCGCGGCGUGUGCAAGUGGCCCGGCUGCGACGCGCUCGCAGACGACUACCAGGCCUUCCUCAAACACCUGGAAGUAUCCCACACGCUGGACGACCGCUCGGCGGCGCAGGCGCGCGUGCAGAUGCAGGUGGUGGCCCAGCUGGAGCUGCAGCUGCGCCGCGAGCGCGACCGCCUCGCCGCCAUGAUGCGCCACCUGCACGCCGCGCGCGACGCCCCUCAUCACGCCGUCAAACAUCCGCAUGGUGGGGCACCUGCUAACGAAGGUUCAUCGCCAGGACCUAUCAGACGUCGGAUCUCUGACAAAUCCGGUGUUUCCAUCGCUGGAGGUCUUCCCUAUAUGCUCGAAAGGGCCGGACUAGAUGUGCAACAAGAAAUUCAGCGCAAUCGUGAAUUUUACAAAUCUGCCGAUGUUCGACCGCCGUUCACCUAUGCGUCUCUUAUUCGACAAGCUAUAAUCGAGUCUCCUGACAAGCAGCUGACUCUGAAUGAGAUCUACAACUGGUUCCAGACAACGUUCUGCUAUUUCCGACGCAACGCAGCCACCUGGAAGAACGCGGUGCGGCACAACCUGUCGCUGCACAAGUGCUUCAUGCGCGUGGAGAACGUGAAGGGCGCCGUGUGGACCGUGGACGAGGUGGAGUUCUACAAGCGCCGCCCGCAGCGCGCCGCGCACGCGCCGCCGCCGCCGCUGAGCCACGCGGGAUUUAUGGGUGCACAGAGUCCACCGAUGCUGACUAGUCCACAUGGGUACAGCGAAGCCCUCAAGAGAAACAUUCAGGGAAUGAUGGAAGAAUGCAACCUGUCGUACAUGUCUAGCGAAGACCACAUGGCGGGCGGCCCGGACGACUACCCGUCGUCGCACGAGGACUACAGCCGGGCCAGCCUGCUCAACGGCUACGGGGCCGCCGGCGCCGCGCACGAGGUGAAGGCCGAGGACCUGAGCGCGAGCGAGACGCAGGACGUCAAGCCAAACAUUUACGCGCUCAAAUCGGAGAUGCAGGCGUCCGAUUAUUCGAAUAAAGGCGAGUACGCCAGCUCGAACAAGGAGUCGUCGAGCAACCGCUCCGGCGAGACCAGUCCCUACGAGGAUUACUCGCGCGAGGAGCGGUACCGCGCCGCCGCCGCCGCCGCCGCACCGCUCGCGCGCGAUGAGGCAGAGAACCUCUCGCUGAAUGAACAGAGAAGCGACAAGUAGACCCUUAUAUAAACGUGCUAGGGUUGCCAGCGCGAAAUAAAGGCGAGGGGUUGCCAGAAUUAAGAGAAGAAAAUAGGCAAAUCGUGAUCACGGCCUGAACUGCAAUAAUUGAAUUGAAGUAAAAAAUAAUGUUCUUGUAUUUUUAGCAUUUCGGAAAAUUAUGAUAAGCGUACUAACGAAUUUUCUGCGUUAUACAUUAUAUUAUAAUUAUUGUAGCAAAUAAUUAUUAUCACAGUAUAUGAUACAGUUUAUACUUACGGGUGUAGUUCUAUAACGAGUUAUUAGAAAGUGUUUAAAUCGUGUAAUGUGUUCACUGUUGGAUUUUUUAUAUUAAAAAAAUAAAGGAGGAUCUCGAGACGAGGAAUUGUAAGUUAGAAAUAACCAAAUAUUUUUGUUGUUAUGUUUACACGGUGCCCGGUUUUAACGGGAUUUUUCAAGUAUUAUAGGUUUUACGAUUUUUAUUUUUUUAAUGAAAAUAAUAGUUGGUUUAGUUUUUUUCGUACCUACCUAAGGCUAUUUUUUUGAAUAAGUGUUAGAUGAUUUAGGGCACGAAUACGAAAGAGAGAACAGUCAUCGAGAUAACCGUUUAAGGUCCAUAUCAAUAUUAAAGAUUUAAAAGUAUUUAAUCGCAAGGUGUAAAAAUAAAACAACUAAGAACAAUAAGUAGAUGUAUUCGACUGUUUAAAAUAAUUACAAUAAGAUCUCGCUUGGCGAAUACUUUUAUUUGUUUGCGUUUAUUUUGCAGUGAUUUGAUUAUUUUGAUUAGUGUCGUUGGCUAGAUGAGACGUGAUAGGUUAUGUCAUAUAUGAAAGUGAUUUAGAUUCAAUGUUCAAUUGUGGUAAGAGAUGGAUCUGAUUUGAAACCAAUAGUGAUUAAUGAGGGGUGUGGCGGCAGCGAGGCGGCCGACGCCGGGACACAGCGCGCCAACGAAGGAUCAUUUGACGGAUCGAGGAAAUUUAACGAAUGAACGAUCGUUGGCGUUCGCUAAACGUUCUUUGGCGCGGUGUGUCCCCGGCAUAUUGUGGCGAGUGCCAUGCCGUCGCUAUGGCCAGGCUAGGAUCGAGGUAUGCCAUAUAAUUUCCAAUUUAUUUUUGAUUAGUGUUAUAUAAAGUUGUGUAAGUUUUAACUUCGAUAGUCAUUUAGAAUGUGCUGUAAAUAUUUAUCAUAAUUAUCACGAAUUGUAAAUUCUUACGGUAUAAUUAGAGUAAUGGAACGUACGAUAAAAUGCAUAUUAAAUCGUUCAUGUUGUAGAUUUUUUUGAAAAAUAAUCAUAGUAGCAAAAUUAUGCCAUAUUAUACCUUUAAUAUUGGAUGUAGAUGUUAAUCUUUCAUAUUUUUGUUACAGUUAUUUUUGGGUGAUUUUCUAGAUUAAUAUGAAUUUUGGUUCAAAAUGGACAUGUUUUAUUGAAUGAAAAGUUAUAGGAAUAAUUUACGUAUUCUUUUGUAAUACCUACUUAUCUAAAAUUAAAUUAGUGAUCGGGUAAGGGUGAAAAUAAUCAUAUCACAUUUUUGUGUAUGUAUAUUGAAGAUAGAUUAGAGCUUCAACACAUCGUGAGUCCCGCGUGUCUGUGUAUCUGUGUGUCAGCAUGAUGUCUGUAUCGCAUUGCAUUCAUAUCCACUGGCCCUAUUCAUGUAUUCAUGUUGGUUUUCAGGAUUUUGUUUUCCUUUCCAAAAAUAUAUGUAUACUUAAUUUUAGUAUUGUCUUUUUUUGCAAUAUGUGGCCUAUUUUAUGGACAGUAAUUUGAGACUUUAAACUUAUAUAAUGCGACUAUCUAAAACUAAAACACUUUAUUCUCUGUGUUCGUUUCCCUGGUUUUUUACAUUUACUAAGCAUUUAAAUAUCACUAGUUUCCAAGUACUUAACAUUAUUUAUUUAUUUGUCUCGCACCGGCUACCUGCAUUUCUUACUGAAUUCGUUUUGGAAUUGAUAUAUACAUAGUUGUUAUUAUUAAUUAUGGAUAAUAAUAAUAAAUAGGGAUGAUAAAAUAGCAUUUACCGUCUAGCGGUCGCUCCGCCGUCUUUCAGGAAUACAACACAACACAACUAAUAUUGAAUUACUAUCAUGAUGUAGCUAGAUAAUUCAUAAAAAUAUUUCCUUGCAAUAAAAGUGAAAGAUAUAAGUAGGUCAAGUACAAGUAACUAACCAGUAAAUUGAGUUUAUUGUUACGAUCGUCACCAUUGUUUUGUUGUGAACUUUUUUUAAAGUGGUUAUGAGUUUCACGACUUAAGCCUUUAAAAUAAAACAGCUUUUAAUACCUGAGUACUUAUUUAAAAAAAUAGAAUGCCCUUUUCUUGGGCAAGUAGGCUGUCUUAUUUUGAUACUACUUAUACUAUUGUUCCGAAGUAAUUGUAAUAAAUAAUUCAAUAUUACUUGUGUUUACACAGUUGUCCAGAAAGACGCGUCUAUUGAUCAUUGUAAAUUAUACUUAAUUAGUGUUGUAUUAAACCAAAUCAUUACAA